UUUUCUUUUUUCUCGAUUUUUUUUAGUAGGCCCAUUGUUGUGGUUAUUGGUUUGUUGGACUAUAGCACCCUCAAUAUCAAAGGCAACGGGAACUGAUACAGAAAAACCUCAAGUUAAAGGCACAGUGUUGUUACACACGGAAACCAGUGGAACUCGGUCACCACACCAAAUACUAUGCUGACUCCGAUCAUGUGUAUGAUGUUUUGGAUGACGAUGGGUACCAGCUGGCACUUGAUAAGAGCAGAGCUUAUGACGAUGCAGCCUUUAAUGCCAAGAUUGUUGGCUGUGGUGAUGUAAAUGAGCUUAAAUUUUCCGCGAAUAUACCUCCAUCGCCACCAACACCACCAACACCACCACCUCCUCCAUCCAAUCCAUCGAGGCUUUGUUUUGCAAAAUUUUAUUACGCGCUAAAUACUCUUCCUCCUUAAAACACAUAAAACAAACAAAAAUAAUACUCAAGCGCCAUUUGACAUGAUGCGUUACUCGGAAAUCUCCAGGGACUUGUCUAGUGAUAAUCUACGCUAUGUGGAAUUUGUUGGCCAAAACGAUGAGUGUACGGCCAGGGAAGCCUCCCCCAUGAGUGAUGUCUCGAAUGGUAGUGGUCCCUUGGUUUCACAGCAAUCGCCGGUGACGUCGGCUUGUCGUCGCCAUCGCAAUGUGCGCUCUAAGCGUCUCUACAUUGAUGAUGAGGCCGACGAUGAUGAUGAUGAUGACUAUGGCCAGGCCCAUAACUAUGAUAAUAUAUCGUUGGGCAAUAAUAGGAACAACUUUAGUGGUUUCUAUGCAGGCCUACGCAGUUCCAAGCGUUUCUCCAGUGGCAGUGGCAGCAAUAGUUCAGUGAAUGGCACUGCCAAUGGGGCAGCCACCAUUGCCUAUGUGCGCCAACGCAAAGAUAGCACCAAGUCCACCCAAAGUUGCCGUUUUGAUGCCGAAUCACCACACAAACACAAUGGAGGAGGCAUUAGCAAAUCCCUUAAUAUAAAGGGCAGCAGGCGUAAACAUUCGAUAGGUUGUCUCAAUGCUUUCUCCUCAUCACCCGAUUCACCGGGAAAUUAUUAUGGAGUUGGUGCUGGUCCCCCCUCUUUGAAAUCACAUAGCUUGCCUGGUCAUACUUCAACCAAAUCAUCUACGUCCUUGGAUGCCACCCUAUUAAGUGCUUUACGUAUACCCGCCGAUGAAUUAGCCAAUCAAUUGACUUUAUUAGAUUUUCCCGUCUUUGCUGCCAUACAACCCGAUGAGUUGACCAGCUGUGCUUGGACCAAAAAGGAUAAACACACCAUAACACCGAAUAUUGUUGCAUUUACGAAACGUUUCAAUCACACCAGUUUUUGGGUAGUCCAGGAGAUAUUGAGCGGUGAUCAGCCCAAACAGAGGGCUGAGAUUUUGGCACAUUUCAUAAAGGUUGCCAAAAAACUUCACGAACUCAAUAAUCUACAUUCAUUAUUUGCCAUUAUUUCCGCAAUGCAGAGUGCGAGCAUAUAUCGCCUAAAGAAAACCUGGGCAUAUUUAGCCAAAAAGGAUAAACACUCGUAUGAGCGAUUAAGUGAUAUUUUCAGCGAUCAAAAUAAUUGGGAAAAUUUGAGAGCCUACUUGGAAAGCCUCCGAUUGCCAUGCAUACCCUAUCUGGGUUUGUUCUUAACCGAUUUGAUAUACAUUGAUUUGGCAUAUCCUCAGAAAAAUGGCAUCGAGCCGGAACAACGAAGAAAUCGUAUGAAUAAUAUACUACGUGUUAUAUCGAAUUAUCAAGAAUCGAAUUACACCAGCAUUAUGCCGAAAGAGUCUACACAAAAAUAUUUGACCUCAAUACGUUACAUUGAAGAAUUGCAAAAUAUAUUCGAGGAAGAACAAUACAAAAAAUCCUUGAAACUAGAACCGAUAUCGCCUUUGGCGCCCAGCUCUUCUUCUUGCAGCUCCAAGGAGUCAUUUAAUGUUGAUGUGGUUACCCCAGCCUUGGCCUGUUUAAAUCUAUCGCCAGCCAAGACAGUGGGCUCGGUACGCCUGCCCAACUCUUCAGGUGUUAAAUUUAUACCUGGUCAUCGCAAAUGCCGCAGUUUAGGCACUAAGUUUCGUAGCACCAGUCUGCCGCGAAAAUUUUCACAAAAAUGCCAUUGCUCACUUAUAAUGCUAACAAAAUCGGGCAUUAUUGUCAAUGCCAUCGCAAAUGCCACCAACGCUGCUACAAUUUCUACUUCUUCAACUGCCAAGUUUAUACGUUGCCCAUGUUGUCCGUGUUGCGAGUGUCGCAUUUUCGGUAGAACUAAUGCAAGCACCAAUAAUGAUGGCAUCAAUGCUUCUAUUAAUGGAGGUGCUUGCUCAGAUGGCCAUCGCCAUCAUCAUGGACACCUAAUGCAUCCGCACCAUCAUCACCACCUACAUGAGUUGCAAAUACAACCACGCCAUCUGUUGGACGAUUCGGUACUGGAGCAACCCCAAUGUGGUGCCUCUACACCCAAUGGCAGCCUGCAUACAAGCGAUAGCUCUUGUCAUUUGCACGAUGUUAGCACUUUGCAGAUACCCACGGAUGAGGAAGGCGCCGGCAAUACCCUACAGGGAUGUGUAAGGCGUAAAACAGUGCAGAAGGAGGGUCGCAAACCCGCAGUGGCUUCUUGGCAAAGAUACUAUUUACAAAUCUGGGCCAAUUCUUUGGUCUAUUUCCCACCUAAAUCGUUUAAGGGCAGCGAACGCAGUGAUUUUAAGCGAGAGCCCUGCAAAGUGUGUCCCCUCGAGGGGUGGUUUGCCCAGGUGGUGAUAAAUCCCAAGCAUAAGAACACAUUUGAGCUGUACCACCGAAGUUUGGGCACCAUAUACAAAUUUCGUACGGAUAGCCCACAGGCCACCCAAUUGUGGUGCAGUACGAUAUGUAAAAUAGCUCUACAACAGAAUAGAACUCCUAAAGCUUUGCCUGUAAAUCUAAUGUCCUUUGAAUAGAAGGGAAGUAAUAGAUGCUCUACAAGAGCAGCAGCAGCAGCAGAAACUACUUAAUGGAAUAUAUAACCGGCCAAGAAGAAGAAAAUUUUCUAUAUUUUAUGCCAAUUUUUUUAGCUUAAGUAGUUGUUUUGGAGUAUCAAAACUAGUUUUUUUGUAGAUUUUACACUCUUUCAUACAAACACACACACACACACAUACUAUACCCAUGCAUACAUACAAACAUACCUUUUAAACAUACUAUAAUGCAAGCUUUAUGCCAAAAAGAAAA